CACCUUCACUCACAUUCACAUUCACAACCCUUCGCAUUGCAGCAAACAACACACAAUUUCCGUUCCAUUUAUUUCUCCCCCAACCCCAACCCCUCUCUGCAUAUCAUUCUUAGAUCUAGGGGUUCUCUAGCUGCAGAUCAAUGGCGGUGAAUCUCGGUGCGCUAGUCGCGGUUCUGGCGGUGGUAAUGGCGGUCGGUGUCGCCGCCGACAAAGUGACGGUUGUGAUAUCGCCGGAGACGUCUAAGGAGAUCAAGGUGAAGAAAGUGAAGGGGGAGAAGGUCUGCACUCAGGGCUGGGAGUGCCAGGAAUUCUCCAAAUACUGCUGCAACCAGACGGUCUCCGAUUUCUUCCAGUCUUACCAGUUCGAGAACCUCUUCGCCAAGAGGAACUCCCCCGUGGCUCACGCCGUCGGAUUUUGGGACUACAAGUCCUUCAUCACCGCCUCCACCAUGUACCAGCCGCUAGGCUUCGGAACCACCGGCGGUAAGGAGGUGCAGAUGAAGGAAAUCGCCGCUUUCCUUGGCCAUGUCGGUGCCAAAACUACUUGCGGUUAUGGAGUGGCAACAGGUGGUCCGUUGGCAUGGGGUUUGUGCUAUAACAAGGAAAUGAGUCCCAUGCAAGAAUAUUGCGAUGACUUCUACAAAUACGAGUACCCAUGCGCUCCCGGAGCUCAGUACUACGGCCGUGGUGCCAUUCCAAUAUAUUGGAACUACAACUACGGCAAAAUAGGUCAAGGAAUCAAGCAAGACCUGUUGAACCAUCCCGAGUACGUUGAACAGAACGCGACCAUUGCUUUCCAGGCUGCGAUGCAUCAAUGGAUGACAUCUCCCAAGAAAGGACAGCCCUCACCCCACGAAGCCUUCGUGGGAGACUGGAAGCCCACCAAAAAUGACACCCUGGCUAAAAGAUUCCCGGGAUUUGGAACCACAAUGAAUCUCUUGUAUGGGGAUAGUGUUUGCGGCCAAGGUGAUGUCGACUCUAUGAACGUGAUCAUAUCUCAUUACCAGGAAUACCUCGACUUAUUGGGCGUUGGUCGGGAGAAGGCGGGGCCCCAUGAAGUGCUCACGUGUGCCGAGCAAGAAGUGUUCAAUCCCUCCUACAAGUCGACUUCUUCUUGAAAGGUACACAUAAGACACUUUACCAUUGCUGCAUUUGUGAUCUCCCCUCUCUUUUGAAAAAGCCGUAUAAUAAUAAUAAGAGCAGCCGAAUUUGCCGUGUCGGCUGCCCUAGUUAGUGUGUGUGUGUGAGAUUAUUGUUGGAGGGUAAAGAAAGAAUCAUUCCUUAUGAAAACUUGCUGUUGUUAUACGGGUUUUUUGGUGGGAUGGAUAUGUCUUUUUAUUUUCACUGCUAGUGUAUAUUUGGAGUUGUACAAUUUGCACAUUCUGUAAGUGCUGUGUAAGCUUGCGCUACUUAAGAUUUAUACCAAGAAUUCUUUCCAUUC